CUAAUGAAUUUGAUCAACUGCAUGCACAAAAUUUAACAAGUUAUCAUCAAAGCCUUCCUUUACAUUAUACAAAUAUACACUAUCAAAGCCUUCUACCAUACUAUACUAAAACAAGUCAAAGCUCUCCUAUAUCUAAUGAAAAUAAUGAAACAAGUAGUCAAAGUCAAAGUUAUACUGUAUCUAAUGAAAAUAAUGAUUAA